GCUCUGCUUGAGUAGUACCUGGCAUUUUAAGAUAUUUCUAACUCUUAGAAUAGACUGUCACCAACUGAUUACUGAAAGCCAACUCCGUCUCACACACUGAACCUCCUAUCAUAUCGUCAGAACAGACUGAUGCAGUAGUGUAACUAUGUCACUUGACUAAUUGAAAUCAAUAAAUUAAAUCAUUGGAGGCUGCAGUUACAUUUCCCGCAGAUUUUAAUGUCAGUUUCUGUUUACAUUUCCCGCGGUUCUUAAUGCUACUUCCUGUUUACAUUUCCCGCGUUGAGUGACAUUCAAAAUGGCUGUGCAAAGCAGUAAAGAACUCCAGUUAGACAGUAUCCAGGAACAGGGUUUUAUAUCUUUCUUUCGAAAAUUACCGGAGAAGUCCAGUGCGACGCUUAGGAUAUUUGAUCGGACAGAUUACUAUACAGUCCAUGGCAGCGAUGCAUUAUUUGUGGCUAAAGAAGUAUUCAAAACCUUGGGUGUCGUGAAAUAUCUUGGUUCUGGCUCAAACAAGAUGGAAUCUGUGGUAUUAAGCAAAUUGAACUUUGAGUCACUUGUACGUGAUUUGUUACUUGUCAAAGCUUAUAGAGUGGAGCUUUACAGAUCCAAAAGUAAAAAUGAAUGGUCAUUGGAUUUCAAGGCUUCACCUGGAAACCUGGUUCAGUUUGAAGAUAUUUUGUUCACUAAUUGUGAAAUGUCAUGUGCUACUGGAGUUUUAGCUGUUAAGAUUGGUACAGUCAGUGGCCAACAGAUGGUUGGAACAGCUCUUGUGGACCUGACAUCCCACAAAAUGGAGGUCUGUGAGUUCACUGACAAUGAUCAGUUUUCAAAUUUGGAGGCUCUCAUUGUUCAGUUGGGACCAAAAGAGUGUGUUGUGUGUACUAGUGAAAUUAAUGACUCUGCCUGGCUAAAACAAGUUAUUACCCGAAGUGGACUUUUGAUUACUGAAAAAAAGAAAGGUGAUUUCCAAAGCAAAGAUAUAGUGCAAGACUUGAACAGGCUACUUAAGUUCCAGAAAGAAGACCAACAGAACAGUGCUGCUUUACCUGAGCUUGAUAACACUCUUGCUAUGGCAGCAUUGUCUUCCCUAGUCAAGUAUUUGGAGUUACUUUCUGAUGAGGGCUACUUUGGCCAAUUCAAAUUGUCUACAUUCGAUCUGAAGCAGUAUUUGAAGUUGGAUGCAGCUGCAGUGAAAGCUUUGAACAUUCAGCCUAAUCCUUAUGAAGGUGGAAACAAGAAUCAGAGUAUUUUUGGCUUAUUAAACAAGUGUCGUACAGCACCAGGUCAACGGCUCCUAAGUCAGUGGAUUAAACAACCUUUGGUAGACAUCAACAAAAUAGAAGAGAGGCUUGAUAUGGUAGAAGCAUUUAUCAACAACACUGAGUUACGUCAGUCACUCCAUGAAGACCAGUUAAAGAAGAUUCCGGAUUACCAGCGUUUAUCCAAAAAAUUUUAUCGUAAAAAGGCUAAUCUUCAGGAUUGCUACCGUGUGUACCAUUCCCUGAGUAAGUUGCCAUAUCUUGUGGAAACUCUGGAGAAGGAUGAUGGUCCACAUAAAAAUCUUGUGAUGCAGGUCUUUAGUAAUCCAAUCAAGGAAUUACUGAUGGAUUUCACUAAAUUUGAAGAGAUGAUUGAAAGUACAUUGGAUAUGGAACAAGUAGAAAAUCAUGAAUUUCUAAUUAAACCUGAAUUUGAUGAUGUUCUAACAUCUCUACGAGAAAAACUUGAUGAAGUUGAGGCUGAUAUUAAGUCCCAGUUAAAUAAGGUGGCAAGGGACCUGGGAGUUGAACCUCAGAAAACACUGAAGCUUGAAUCAAACAGUCAAUUAGGUUACUUUUUCCGAGUCACUCGAAAGGAGGAGAAACUAAUUCGAAAUAACAAGACCUAUCUUACCAUUGACACCAAUAAAAAUGGUGUGAGGUUCCACAACACUGGUUUGCGGCAGUUGAAUGAAGAGUUUGUAAAACUGAGACAAGAUUAUGCUGAACAACAGAAAACUGUUGUUGCUGGAAUCAUUGAUAUUGCUGCUGGUUAUGUUGAACCUAUGAUACAGAUGAAUGAUAUUCUUGCACAGCUGGAUGUUAUGGUUUGUUUUGCCCAUGUAUCUGCUAAUGCACCAAUACCUUAUGUACGACCUAAACUUUUGGAGAAAGGAUCUGGAAUUAUCCGACUGAAGGAGGCAAGACAUCCAUGUUUGGAAAUGCAAGAUGAUGUUUCUUUCAUUCCCAAUGAUAUUGAAUUUGAAAAAAAGAAACGGAUGUUCCACAUUAUUACAGGACCCAAUAUGGGAGGAAAAUCAACAUAUAUUAGAUCUGUUGGCUGUAUUGUACUGUUAGCUCAGCUUGGUUGUUUUGUGCCUUGUAAUGAAGCAGAGAUUUCCAUUGUAGACAGUAUUUUGGCACGUGUUGGUGCUGGAGAUAGUCAACUAAAAGGUGUAUCUACAUUUAUGGCAGAAAUGCUGGAGACUGCAUCAAUUCUCAGGUCUGCAUCAGAAAACUCUUUGAUCAUAAUAGAUGAGCUUGGAAGAGGUACCUCAACCUAUGAUGGAUUUGGUUUAGCUUGGGCCAUUGCAGAAUACAUUGCUACAAAAAUCAAAGCCUUUUGUCUUUUUGCAACUCAUUUUCAUGAACUAACAUUGUUAGCUGAUGAAGUUUCUACAGUCAUUAACUCGCAUGUAACAGCUCUGACUUGCAAUGAUACACUGACUCUUUUAUACAAAGUUAAACAUGGAGUUUGUGACCAGAGUUUUGGAAUUCAUGUGGCUGAACUUGCUCAUUUUCCAAAACAUGUUAUAGAGUUUGCCAAGAACAAAGCCAAAGAGCUGGAAGAUUUUCAAAGUGUUGAUUUGCAGGGUACUGACAUGGCUGGUGAUGAUGAGCCAGCUGUGAAAAAACGGAAGUCUGAGAAACAGGAAGGUGAACGAAUUAUUGAAGAUUUCCUGAAAAGUGUGAAGAAUUUGCCUUUGGAUACUCUUACAAAUGAACAACUUAAAAGUGAAAUAAGCAACCUAAAAGCUGGAGUAGAAUCUAAAAAUAACCUGUAUAUAAAAGACAUUCUCUCUUAAAUUUCUUAAAAGAAUGUUAAUUCUUUGAAACCUUUCCCUCCAGUCCUCUUUUUGGUCAUAAAGCCAGUAUUGAUACUGAUGUAUUUUGGGUAGAGUGACAUAAUCAUUUACUAUUGGCACUCAUUUUAUUAUCCAUGCAAGGGUUGGAGAUGAAAUCAAUUCAUGGGAUUUGAACAUUAGACCAAUGUUAACUAAAUGACUGGAUGGCAGAUUGCAUAGUGUCAAAAGUAAGUUCCCUGUAGAAUUUUGUUGCAUCACUAUGUUUUGUGUUCAAAUUUUGCCAUGUUUGGCUUUGCUUUUCAUCUUUCUAUUCUAAGCAACCUGAAUACUAGUAAGGCUAAUUUGUGACCUUGUUUCUUUCUAUGUCAGAAAUUAUCGUUAUCAUCACCGUUAUUAUCCUGUUACAGAUACAUAUACUCUGCUCUACUAAAGCCUUUCUACAGCUUUUAAAGUAGAUUUAUUCAUGAGUUUUUUUUCCCCUCUUUAUUUAGGUUUACUAUUUUUUGAACUUCACCAAUAAAGGUUUCAGACAAUUUUUCAGUUCUGGUUUCCAUAUAUUCAUAAAGGCUAGUACUUAUAUUAUGUAGCUAUAUUUUGUAUUUUUGCUAUUUCUAUCAGAAGGUUUUUAUACUUAGAGAGUUUUUCAGCUUCCUUUUACCAAGUUGUUUUUGUCAUUUAGGUAAACCACAUCAAUUAGUGUGCAAAACCUGGAUCUGUUGUCAAUAAUGAUGGCUGUUUGGUUUGCUCUUAUCUCUUUGUUGUAUAUACUCGUAUAUUCCAGAUAAUCCCAGCAUUUUAUUUUCUACCAAAGCCUCUAGCAAUUUUUGUACCAUUUUUCUGCAACUGGAGGCUACUUUGAAGUUAGAUAGGUCUUGUCAAACCCUCCACAUAUGUUACAUUCCCGAUUGUUUCAGAAUCUACCUCUGGUAAUAUCUAUUUAAGAAGCCCUGAUUCUCCUGAAUGGCAGUUAUCAAGCCAUCAGUCUCCUUUUUUGGGCAAUUGUCAAGUCAUCAGUUUCCUUUUUCAAUGGCAGUUGUCAAGUUGUCAGUCUCUUUUGAAGUCAUAUUUGGCUCUGUUGUUUCUUGCAAUCCUGUUUGAUUAUUUUAGGAAUUGUUUGUGAAGUUUAAAUUCCCAAGCUAUGUUCAUAUACUUGAUUGUUCUCUGAUUUCUUAAACUAUUUUUAUUGUACCUGUCAUAUCAGCAGUUCCUGGAUUUUGAGGAAUAUGUGGAUGGGGUACCUAUUUUUGCUAAAUAAAUUUUAUUAUAAAGGAGAUAGGUUGACCAAAGUGGUAAAAUAUCAGACAAAAUAUUUAGUGACAUUAAAUUAACUUUUAUAUUUUUGAAGUUAAAUCCCAUGGAGGUUAACUUUGCCUUUCUUCCCUCUGCAAUUGAUUUAAAUGACUAACUUUAUUCAUCAGUAAUAUAAAGAAAAAAUAUGGCCUUGUGCUUAAGUUGGAAAUCAUUAUUAUUGAAUUCUUUCAUUGGCACAAGGCCACUAACUUUGUGUUUGUGGUGGUGGGGGAGUAAUUUAUAUUGAAACCAGUACUGGAGUACUUGAUUGGUACUCAUUUUAUUCUUACCAACAGGAUUAAAGGCAAAGUCAGCUCUAAUGGAAGUUGAUGUCCAAUGCUUUCAUGAUUCUUGCAGUCAUCUUUUUCAUUGUAAUUGCAAACAUAAUUCACCUCAGUUUUCUGUAUACAUUAUUGCAGUGUCAUCAUCCAAAAUCAGAACAGGAGAAUUUUUUCAGUUAUAUUCAGAACUAUGUUUAAUAAAAAGUUAGAAUCAACAGAAGAAGAUAUAGCAGAACAAUAAUACACAGUAUUUUUAGACAAUUGUCUAUGGAAAUUGAAGACAGGGCUGGUGGGGAACAAUUUUCUAUAUUUCAUGUAAUUGGGUUUCUAGGAUUUUUUCCAUCCACCAUAUUGGUCAGUACUAUUUAUUUUAUGAGACAAAAUACUAUUCAUUAGGAUAAAGUUUAAAACUUAUUUCUAGCUACUUUGUCGAAAUCAUGUUCUCCAGGCUUGAUUGAGUUGCCCUAUUAUGAUCAAAGGCAUCUCUGCUUUGACCAUCAUGUUUUUUUUUUUAAAGCGAAAAAAAAGACAUUAUACAUCUAAAAUUGCAUUUAUCUAGCAUGCUUUUCUGAUGGUAAAGUAUGAUUUCAGGGAAAUGUGAUUGCUUUAUCUAGCAAAUGAUUGCUUCAUGUCUGUUCUUACUGUAUCUUUCUCGGCAUUUAUUUGAAAAAUACACUCAUUCAAUGUUAUAGUUUUGCUGUAAAUGGAGUCUUCAAUAAUCUUGCUAAGAUACUAUCAUGUUUCUGUUAGUGCAGUUAUGGAGAGAUAUGCAACAUAGCUAGUGAUCCUAUGAUAUGUGCUUUAUUAGAGAUAUCAUUUCAGUUCUAUAUUAGUAAUUUAGAUGUUUACACCAUAUAACUUUGAAAAUACAUGUAAUAGUUUCUUAUUUCAAUGAGGAUUAAUGUUGCAAAUUUAUUUGAUUUAUAAGUUCCUGCACUGGCAUAUUCUCCUCAGUUAAGUCUAGCUUUGUAUAGUGGUUCACUAGCAAGUUUUUUUAUCUUAUCAGUAAUACACCACAUAAUUUCCUGUUUUUGCAGUUAUCUUGUGGGCUUAGUUUCUUGUUUGGUUUUAGUUAGCAUUUCUACUUCAUAUCAGGCCUGUCAGUUCUCGGUUUUGUGCCUUUUAUCAGUAAUACUCAAUAUUUUCAUACAUGACUUGACUUUGGUCUGCACCUGCCAUAAGUGCCAUCAAUAUUCAGAACACAUACCUAACUGAUCUUGUUUAUUCUCAUUACUUGUACAUAUCAACACAUUUGCCUGUCUUUAUGUUUUCUUUUGCCACUUAUAAUUUCAGUCUUUGAAGUCAAAAAUAUUUAUGUUGAAGCAAAUUUGGCUAGUUCAUUUGAAAAAUGAGUGUUGAAAAUUUGUAUAGUCAUCUAUUUCUUGGCAUAAAUAAAUAUAAAGGAAAGCCACAAUAAUCUGAGGAAUAAAUUUGUAUUUUAUGAAAAAA